AUGGAGGUCGACGCUGGUGAAGCAGCAAAUGUUCCCAUCGUAUGCGUUCGACAACCUCGUGGCAACGUUGGCGACAACGCAGAGGGGGGCGCAUGGGAACUUGACGGGAUUGUCACAUCAUCCCCGUCGCACGCGUUGGCUAGCCUUGUGGACUACACGGUGGAUGGUAUGUGGGAGUUUGAUGUGACCGGUACAUGGGGCGAUGGGGCGUACGACACGCCAGACGUCACCUUCGAGGGCUCUAACGUCUUGGAUACUGCUAAUGACAACACUGGGGACGAAAUAGACGAUGAUGGGGACGAAAUGGGCGACGAUGUCAUCCUUGUUGCUGACUUUUUCAUCGGACCCCAGAUGUCGUCACAGGCAAGACAGCACGAAUGGAUUUUGUUUGGCGAGUUCGACACGUACAAUAGUGCCACGGAUCGCGUAGCGCCAUCAACGACGCACUCCACGAGGAAAUCACGAUGCACCGUGUGCCAAGGCCCUGGCGUGCACGAAAUGUGUGCGCGGUACCUGACUUGUGUUUGUCGGGAACAUUGCUCGAAGCAUUUGAAGCUUCUGUGCUGCUCGGUCAACGGUCGUACCUUGGCGUUCAAACGUGGUCAGUACGGGGACUGCAGUGCCCCUUCCACCUCCUCGGCGACCUUGGCUAUCCGAAGCCAGGCUGACAGGCUAUUCGCCGAAGGCAUCACCCCAAGCCGAGUACGACAUAGGCUAAAGGAUUCAGUUCCCGCAAGCGCCAUGCCGAACCUGAAGUGGUUUCAAAACCGUGCCCGGUACUAUCGCAUGCGUAAUCUACACGAGCACAGCAAGCCUGUCGAAAUGGCCCGCAUGCUUGCAACAAGCUGGUUCGAUCCCCGGUGUGACGAGACGACGUUUUUCUCCUUCGGGUUCGACUUGGUGCAUGGGGUCCCUCAAAUUGGAUGUGGCGGAGCGUCAGGUGUGUUUAAGGUUGGUAUCACAACGAAGGCACUGCCACGUUGUAUGCAUCGCGACCCGUCCUCGUUUGUAUUUCAUUGGGACGCCACCUACAAGAUCAAUGCUUUGGCCUACCCAGUUCUCAUCUGCGGCAUCACUGACCCUAGUGGCAAAUUUCACCCCGUUGUCUUCUUCUUGAUUGGCCGAGAAUCCACCGAUGAGUACGAGUGGGCGAUGAAGCAACUCAUGGCCGUGUACGAAACCGUCGUAGGAAGUAGUCUUCAACUGCACUAUGUCAUGGCGGACGCCGCCUUGGCCCCUGUUGGAGCGCUGAAGACCCUGCGGCCAGAACUUGGAAUCAAAGCGAUCCUUAUGUGUUUUUACCACUGUGUGGCGUGCGUCAACAAGCGGCUUGGCGUGGUUCCGACAAGCCUGCACUGGAACGAGGCUAAGGUGGCGUGGACAGCUUGUGAUGCCCUCGAAGGCAAAGGUUUCGUCUACCAUACUCCAGGUGGAUUCCCCACUACGAACAACCCAUGCGAGCUCAUCAACAAGCAUUUCAAAGGAAUCUACACGCAACGUACAGUUCAUGGCUUGUGCGCCACCUUUCAGUUGCUGGGUUCCAUUGCCGUCGAAUAUUCCUCGUUCAAAGCACAGCCCUUUGUAUUGCGGUCUCUGCCCAGCAAGAAACUGCAACAACGAUUCCGACGUUUGGUGAAGAACGGUCUCCUUGAGGUCGUACCUCCCCAUCCGGGCAUCGUACUGCGGCCCCACGAGGUGCGAAUCCGCGGCGUCAUCCCUGAACUUGCCAUCUCAAUGGCGCACGCGUUCGAAGAUGAAGCUGAAGACAAUGCUUUGUUCCAUGAUCUACACCGCCGUGCAGUGGUAUGGGUGGCAUGUGUCGACAGCCCCAAGUGA